CAUCAUUUUUCUUAUCUAGUAAAUGCAUUUUAAUUUGAUGAUUUUUUGAUAUUUUGACAAGAAAUGAAACAAAAGUGCUGAAUAAGACAAGCCGUUUUUGGCAGUGCAUGUCUAUGCAUUAAUCGGACCUGGAUAUGUGGUUUCUAACAUGUGCUGUUGCUAAAGUGUUCAGAUUGAUUUUAAUUUGUAGUUGUUGUGCGUUUGCAAGGGUGUGCUUGGUAGGUUUGUACUGUCUGAAGUGUCUCUGUGUUCUCAGGUCAAAGCUGAAGAUGGUUUCUCCUGCGAUCGCGUUGGCUUUUCUUCCACUCUUGCUCACACUGAUUAUCCGUUACCGAUAUUAUUUCGUGCUGCUGUAUCGGGCUGUUCUUAUCCGCUGGGUGCGGGACUGUCUGACGGGCCUCAGUCGAGAGGAGCGGGCGUUUCACUACAUCCUGACCCACGCCACACCCGGAGACGCCCAGAGCAUCCUGGACACAUUCGACCAGUGGUGCAGCAAAGUGGAGUUCAUCAGCAACAUCGGACCCAAGAAAGGUAAGAUUCUGGACCGGCUGCUGCAGGAACACUGUCCCAUCACUGUGCUGGAACUGGGCACUCACUGCGGCUACAGCACGGUCCGCAUCGCCCGCUCACUGCCCAUCGGUGCACGCAUUUACUCCGUCGAGAUGGACGAGAGAAAUGCUCAAGUGGCUGAGAAAAUCAUCCGGCUGGCAGGUUUUGAUGAGGACAUGGUGGAGCUGAUCGUGCGUCCGUCGGAUGAGGUGAUCCCGCGUCUGCGUGAGGAUUUCGGCGUGGAGCGUCUGGAUCUGGUCUUCAUGGAUCACUGGAAGCGCUGUUACCUGCCGGACCUGCAGCUUCUGGAGGGCAGCGGUCUGCUCGGUGAGGGCUCCAUCAUUCUGGCAGAUAACGUCAUCUUCCCCGGAGCGCCCAACUUCCUGCGACACGUGCGCUGCUCGGGCCUGUACGAGGUCAGAGUUCACCGUGCCACGCUGGAGUACAUCCGUGGCAUCCGUGACGGCAUGGCUGAGCUCACCUUCCUCGGGAUCAAGUAAAACACGCUUACAGGAUGUUAAAGUGACAUUCAGAACAGUUCGUGUCACAGCUUUCGUUUAUUUGAUGCUCGUUCACUAGCGUCAAUCAUCAGGCGAGUAGCAACAUUCCCAUUUAUGCUUUUAUCAUAAGUGACUUGCGUUGCAUUCAAUGCACACAUUAACAUUUAAGCGUUCCUUGCUUUUCCUGGGAAUCAAACCCAUGACCUAGGCGUUUGUAGUGACAAGAUUUACGUUUGAGCUACAGGAAAUACAUUGAACACUUAUUAAGUUUAAGGAUUUGGGACUUAAUUAAAGCUGGCAUGAAAUAAAAAUUUUAUUAUGAAAAAAAUUCUUCUGUGCAUACUUUUUUUAAGCUCAUGUUUUAUCAAAAUGUAAUAACUGGACCUUCUGGUCAAAACUUAGUAGUGUAAAUUAUUUUCAGAAAUAAAUUUCCACUAGACAGAAAAACUAUUUACUCUGGUUAAUAGUAACAAUUAAAACAUAAGUACUUUUAUCCCUUAGGCCUACAACGUCUUUUCAUUCAUGUUUCUUUCUUUAUGA